GCAGAUAAAGUUUCACAAUUUGCAGCAUAUAUAAAUUCAGUAAUGAAUCUAGCGAUGUUGAAACUUAUGGCCGUAAUGGUAAAUGCACAGAGAUAACGUCAAUGGCAUUUUUAUUUUCGUCGUUCACGAACACUAGUACCGUGUGCGGACGACGCAGACAAGGGCCCCGAGAGAAGGGACACACCAAUGUGCAAAUGUUAAAAGGGAGAACAUGUGCAAGAAAUGAAGGACACAUAAUUUAUUCGCCGUAGAAGAGCUAUGAUAGUGAGUCUGCUCCACUUGCUGCAGUAAAUGUAACACGAAGUAUUUUAUGGCAGUGUGUGCCUUGGCGAAGCAAUGCCGCCAAGUGACGGCUCCAUCAAGGACGAGACACAUCAACCCGUGGAAUGCUCUUUCUAUGACAAGCACCUGGAAAGCUCGAUAGACGACUUUGUCGCCAAGCUGCCCACAGAGCGCAUUGUGGCCGUGGACGAGGAACCUCCGGCUCAAUUAAACUCGAGUCGGUUGAAAUUCAUUGGCCUGAACUCCCUUCGACCUUUCGGGCCGUUUUUUACUUUCUGUCCGAACGGGACCAAAGUGGUGCAGUUCGACCUCGUCAACGCAAAACCCUUGGUGCUGAUUGGACCAUUCGUCAAACCAAGCGGCACACUACACGAAUUCGAGAGCAAGGCACUUCUUCUUAGGUUCACUGCGCAGUUUGAAGUCGAAGGAACCGGAGAGAACGUAAAGCUGCAUUCUAGAGUCAACAUGCCGGUGUCCUUGGUGGGGCUGUCCUUCAGGCUCAAAGGGUUGGAUGAGCAAAGCGACGAAGCGGUGAAGAUUGGUGCGUCGCUUCAACCGCACUCUUUUCGUGACUUGUGGUAUGGCACGCUCUUCUCGGAACUUGAAGCCCUAUUCGCUGAAAUUCUCGAGAAGAGUAAAUGAGAACAUGGCUGCUCAUGUGGUUAAGCACGGUUACUAGGUACAUACAGCUCUUCGAACUCAGUUUCUUCUCUGUUCCUUACGUGACACAUAUAGAGUAUACAUAUUAAAAUUUAGCGUGCGCUAACUAAAUUCUGACGUUUCGUAAAUGAUAUCUUGGAAGUAAGAAUAUUAUAUCCGUCUUGUAUUCAUUAGGCGGCUACUUAGAAAAGCCGCCAUUUGUAGCCCUAUGGCGUAUAAAUGAUGGAAGAAAAGUGUUCAAAAAGGAAAACUAAUAAGUAUUGCUCUGGCGCUAAACAUACAUUUCACUGCUAGUUAGAUAUAUGAACAGCGCUUGUUACAAAAAUGUUUUGGACACCGUUUAGGUAACACAUCUCGUGUACGUUUUUCUUUUCAAAUAAACAGACGCACGAUUUCGCCUUGUA